UCUGCCUCAGUUGUCGUUGUGCAGCGCGUCGCGAGGUUUGUCUGUCGGUGAAGCAUUCGCAACAAAAUGCAACAACAACAAAAUUAAAAUUAACACUUUUAUUUUGCAAUUCGGUGCAAAAUCAAUCGCAGCAUAAGCACAAAAUAUUAUACAAUAAUAAUAAUAAUACUUGCGCGCUGUGCCCAAUUCAAGAUAUCUGGCGCAAUGUCGCAAAAAUGCAGUCAGGGCACAAACUGAUUUAUUGUUUGUGGUCACCGCAACAGCAACUUCAAUCAAUCUUCAGUUGGCCAGCGAAGCGCAAUGGCCACAACGACUGCACAAAGGACAACAGCAGCAGGAGGACUGACCAAUGGCGCCAUCCUUCAGAAGCUGGCCGGCAUCAAUCCGUAUGAGGAGGACAUUGAACAUUUGCGGCAACUGCUGAGUGUACGCAAUGUGGUGACCUUUGACAUUGGACGCAUCGCAUGCAGCGCGGGCAGCAGCAGCGGCGACAAUUACAUGUCCUUGGUGAAGCGAGUGACAAUUUACGAUGUGGCUGCUGCUGGCAGCGAGGCAGAUGGCGCCAACGAUGGCGAAAUGAUGUCUGGCGCAUUCCCUGGCAGCUGGUCGGUCAUCAUCAAGCGACAGAUUGCGAGUCUCUCGCGUCGACAGCUGUAUCGCUGCGAAGAGGCAUUUACCAAUGAGAUUCAGAUGUACCAGCAUGUGGUGCCGCUGCUCUGCCGCUACAGCCGUCAGCCCAUGUUUCCGCAGUGUCACCUCGCCGACAAGAACGACGGAAGCUCCAGUGGCGAGGCCAUCAUUGUGUUGCAGGAUCUGAAGGCGCUGGGAUUUCGCAUGCAGAAUCGCCUGGCCGGACUGGAGCUACGACAAUGUUUAUUGGUCAUGAAGAAACUGGCGCAAUUGCAUGCAGCUUCGAUAGCUGCUCAGCAGCUGGAGGCGGCUCAAUUUGCCCAGAAGUGCGCACAGAUGAAGGAGAUUGUAUACUGUCCCGAGGCAGCGGACUUUUACUCGCGCAUCUUGGACACAUCAGUGCAACAGGCGCUGGACAGUCUGAAUGGCUCCAACACGGAUGGGCAACUAUCGGUGGCCAUUCGCCUCAUUGAGCAACUGCAACCGACGCUCUUUGCCCAGCUGCAGCAUAGCAUCAAUGCGGCAGCAGCCACUCCAUUUAGUGUGAUCUGUCAUGGUGACUUAUGGCUCAACAAUUUGAUGUUUCGUGCACAAACCGAAGAGGUCAUCUUCUUUGAUCUGCAGGCCAUGAGACGCAGCUCACCGGUCUUCGAUAUACUGCAUUUCAUCUACACUAGCACACGCCGACAACUCCGUGACAUCCACACGGAUACCUUGCUGGCUGCCUAUGCAGAGGCGUUGCACAUGGAGCUUGCUCACCAGCUGCGCCAGACGCCGUCUGCCAAGCAACUGCCGGAAUUGUACGAAGUCUUUUCGCUGCAGCGACUUAGCGAGGAGUAUGUGCGUCAUGUGCACUAUGGACUGGCCAUCUCCAUGUGGAUACUCCCGGCGGUGACGUUCGAUGCAAACAAUAUACCCGAUUUAGAUGAGAUCAGUGAACAGAAUCUAACAGGCAAGGAGAUUAACUGUACCCAGAAGUUGACGCCAGAGUAUCAUGUGCGCAUCAGGGAAUUGGCGCUGGAGUUCUACGAGCAUGGCUAUCUGGGAUAAAAUGAUGUAGUAUUUGUAUUUAUAUAACCAUAGCACAUAAGUUUGUUUGCUUGUUAAUAAAUUUAAGUAAUAACUGAUUCCGUAAGUUACCCUGUAAGCAGCACAACUUCAUUAAUUUCGCAUAGCUAUUGCAGCACUUGUGGCUUCCUUUAUUACCAAUAAUUCCUCACUAUUGUAA